AACGCUGAAUGAAAUGGCGGCUCGGGGAAUCGGCAUCGUUCUGUUCCUCUCCUUGAUGAAUACAGCCAUCUGUGUCGAUGAGAAGAGGACGAGCUUCAUCUUUGCACAACAAUGGCCUCCGAGUGUAUGUCAUACCUUAUCCCCUGAGUGUGAUUGCAUCCCCCCAGCAAGUGAAAACCUGGACUGUUCACGGUCUGUGGCCCAAACUACGUAAUGACUGCAACAACAGCUGGCAUUUUAGUUGGGAAAAGAUCAAGUCUCUUGAAAAACAACUUGAGACAAGCUGGCCGAAUCUUAACUGUAAAACGAAGAAACGGUCGCUGUGGGAACAUGAAUGGCAAAAACAUGGUACUUGCGCUACAACCUUUAAAGCCACGAACAACGAGUUUCACUACUUUCAAAAGACUCUAAGUCUCAACAGUGUAGCUGCAUUUAAUCCCCAAAAGGCGCUUGAGAAGGCUGGAAUCACACCAUCAUGUAAGAAGGCAUACCCCAUCCAGGCCAUCAAAAAUGCUGUUAUAAAGUACUUCCGGAUCAAAGAUUACCUGAGGAUGGACUGUGCAAUGCAGAGAUAUCCAGAAACAAAUACAAGUCGCACUUUGCUGAUGUCGAUUUAUAUACCCUUGUCGAAGACAUUCAACGUGACGACGCUGCCCUACCAAUACACACAAUCAUGUCAGCCUGGGGACAAAGUUUACAUCUUUCCAGUGCACGAUGUCUAUUGUUCUAAAUAGACGUUCAGUUACAUCUCUCAAAGAUUUAGGUUGCAGAACAAAUCUGAAUUGCACCAUAAUGUAUUUUAUUAAACUAUCCGACAUCUUGGACGAGUGGCGUUUUUAACAGUCAACUUAUUGCUCCCUGUCGAUAAUAACGUUAUGUCAGCGAGAGAAAUUUGAUCAGCUCCAGUCAGCAGCGUUCCUAUAUCACGAAGUCUGUAAAUAUGUAAGUUUGACCUUGCAGCCAGUGGCCAGUGAUUGAAGCAUGAGCAAAGCCUCAUUCAAUUAGGUCACGAUGACACUCUAUUCUCCAGGCCGGUAUCCCCCCUGGGUUCCCGUUGAACUCGCGUGUCGUGUAUUACCUCACACGUGUGUACACUGAAGCUUAUGUAAUCGAACUAUUGUUCAAAGAUGUGCCUCGUUCUAAGCCUUGCUCAUUUAUAUUAAGUACGCCUUAUGUUUGUUCGUCAGAAUUUAGUGUACAGGAUUUGAUGAUAAUACGGUACGGAAGCUCCAGCACCUUCAGUCUCCGGCUGCCGAUAUCCUGUUAAAAGGUUAGAGAACCCUGCCCCACCGGCGGUAGCCGUCACAAACAAAUGCAAACAAGGAUAAUCAUUGUUCACCUGAAAAAAUAAUUUUAUGAUCAAUUUUUUGUUUGUUUGGUUCAUUGUCAUGCCUGCAUUCUGAGUAGCUGAGCUGGUCACGUGUUCAUUUUCCAAUCGAUGUAGAGAAACUAUUCCACGCCCACCAAUGCCCACUACUUUCACCACUACGGGUGCUGGGAAAUCCCCGUUACAGUCGGGGGCAUUAUUUAUGCUUAUGCCCGACAGUCUAAACCACCGGAGGCCAGGGAACUAUAAGAUACAACACAUCCUUGAAACGUUCAGCACAAAAUCCUAAAUGCUGCCGCUUUUGUAGCGUAAAAUAUUUGUACAGCGAAUUGUCUCAUUUCUUCGAGUAUUUUCUCGUUACGUCAAGUUUUUUUAAAAACCUGAAAUUUAGAGUUUUUUCUCGUUCCUUCGAUGAAGCACAAUGUUCUACGAAUAUUUUUAACUUUCCAUCGCCGUUUCACCCUGUUACAUCUAUAAGUGGCAUUUAGAACCUGUUAUGAUGAAGAGGAACAGUUUUUAGGGUGUCCUCCUAUUACGCAGACAGGCAGUUCGCAGACGCCUUAAAACAACAUUUACGAUUCAAUGAACAUAUUAGUUACUACCUGUUACCUACGCAAUAUAAUGGAAUAGUCCAAAUAAAAACAUAACAUUAAAACUGGAGCUAUAUUAUUUACUUUGAAAGAUGUCCGAAAAGACAUUAAUUUGAAUUUUGAUUGCUGCAUAUUAAAUAAUUGAUUUUCAUAAACAUUUGGGUUUAACCUUCUCGUUUACGGGAGUUGACGGCAUCAUUGUGAAAACAUUGUUAAAAAGACAAAGCAAAUGAUUGGAUCAUUACUGAAAGUACAGUUCCUACUAAAUAGAACAACACCAGUUUUUCUUCAGGAUUUACUCCAACUGUAGUAGGCGACCGGACAAGCUAUGAAACCGAUAAUUUUAGCCAACCAUGUACAAGACUGAGGUACUCAACAUCAUCUAUUAUUCCAUCAGCAGUUAAAGUGUGGAAUAAUAUUCCCUUAGUGGUUACACCCCGUUAGCUAUUAGAAAUUGCGACUCUGUUGAAUACUGAUUGGUAUUAAUUUUAUCUUACAUAGCAAUGCAGGUCUCUCAAUUACUGAAAAUCAGAAUAUUUUCAAAUAUGUACACAUCUAUAUCUCUCAAACACAAUGUUUUGUCGGUUAACUUCUGUUGUACAUAUCAGGCGCAUAGCAAGCCACUCUGAUAGGUUGCAAAACUUUAUAAAUUUAGAUAGUAUUGAGGGCUUGCCAAACUUACAUGGUGAUCUUCAGCAAAAAUCAUGUGUAAGCCCGGGCUUUUCUUAUAAUGGUAGCUACGCCAGUGCAUAUCCUAUUAUUGGGAGAGGGCUUUUCUAAGUUGGAUAACUUGUCAAUAAACACAAUCAAAACUCUCAGUGACAAAUCUGUUUUCUUAUUCGAUAGUAAAUGAUAAUAAAACAAUUUUGAGAAGAGGAGACAGAUUAUCAUUUAAUCACAACAAAGUUCUAUUUACACACAAUCAAACUUCUCAGUAACGAACAUGUUUCGGGCUCACCCUACUCUGCUCGCUAGAAAGUGGAUUGUUCCAUUAUAACCCUUCAUGUAUAGAUUUCGCCUCGUGCAUAAUGUUGUAUCAUUUGCUUGAUACACCGAAACGUCGCAUCUGCUGUAAUAAAGAAGCGUUCCAUCUAUAAAAAGUGUUCCUCUGUUUCAUACUGACUUGUGUCUAUUUAACGUGCUCAGCGCAAAUAAAUCAUUUAAACCA